AUUUCCAAUUGGAGUUCCGUGUGCGUCGGUCAUGCGGCGGAUAAGUGCGCGAUUUAAUUUCGAUAUCAAAUGUAAAACAGAUGAACAAAUUAAUUACUAAUUAAUAAACUGGAGCAUCAGCCGCUCAUCCAAUCGAAAUCAAACCGUUGGUAAUGGAUACUUCUCGUGUGUGGUUUACCCUGUUUUGUGUGCCUUUUAGGCCCGUCUAUGUUUGUUAAGGAGUAUUUCGCAUUUACUUACUCGAAUGCGAAUGCGAAUGCGAAUGCGAGUGUGAGUGGAUGUGAAACGAGUGUAUGUAUGUGUGUACAACCCAAAUCAACCGUGAUCGUAACCCAUAAUCAGGCAAACAUUUAAUUAGUGUUAAUUGCAUUAAACAACAGUAAAAAUUUUUACCAAAUCAAUUUGCAACUAAACAAACAAAGAGAAACACAAAAAGAAACCAAAUAGGCGAUCAAGUGUUAAAGCGAAAACAGUGAGAGAUAGAAAGAGAGGAGCGAUCAGUAAACGGUUCUUCAACGAAAAUUCCUUUUUGCUCUUACAUUUAUGCCGAUUUCGUAGUUCGCUCACAACAUAACGGUUUACUCCACAGCAGAGCACAACCACUAGCAAAGAUAGUCUAAAAGAAACAUAACAACAACAACAACAACAACAAAAGAGUGUCUGAAUAAAAGAGUGCAAAAAAUAACAAAAAAGAAUUCAAAAAGAAGUUGAAAAAUUAAAUUCUGGUGAUUUCCUAUCCUAUUCUCGGCGAGAGGAAACAAAUUGCGCUUCCAAUGCAACUGCGUGUGCAUCCUACUAUGGAUUGUAGCGGCCGUUCAAAUAACAUUGAACGCGAUUCCGAUUUGGGAGACGAUUUGUCACACGGUGAUCGAACUGAUGACGAGAUGAGGGACUGCGAUUCGGUGGACGGUGAACAGCAUCAGCAUCAGCUGAGUGCCAAGGCGGCUAUAGCAGCCCGUCUCAGUCACACAGUAGCCGGUGGCCAAUUUGCUGCCACUGGCGGAGAGCAGCAAGCGGAACUGGCCCUGGGUCAUCAUCAUCCACAACUGCCGCCCAAUCACCCGCUGAACGCAUUGGGAAACUUUAUGGGCAUCGGUGGACUACACAGCAUUCCAAAUCUGCAGCAUAGCGAUGUGUUGGAGAAGCUCAAGAUGCAGGUGCGUGACAUGAAGGUUGGACUGAUGGAGCAGGACUAUGCCGCGGCAGCUCAUGCGGCUGCCUUUGGGGCCAAUAUGCUGCCCACAACAAUCAGUUCAGCCUUUCCACUGCCUCACAAUUCAGUGGCUGCAGUCGCUGCAGCAGCGGCCACCUUUGCCCCCACAUCGGUCAGCAAUGGAGCCAGCUAUAAUGGUGGAGGCGGUGGGAAUUCCAUUUCCGCCAACAACACAACCACAAAUGGGGCACCAGGGGGCGGCGGCGGCGGCGGCGGCUCUGUGUCCGGCACCAGCUCCAUGUCCGGAGCCGUUUCAACUGGCGGUGGGUCACAUCCCUUUUCAUUUGCCUCCCCCACAGCAGCACCCAGCGCCAAAGAAGCCACCUCCUCCUUACGACACUUUGCAGCUAAUUCCGCAUCAAAUUCAUCGACAUCCAGCGAGGCAUCCAAUUCAUCGCAGCAGAAUAAUGGCUGGAGCUUUGAAGAGCAGUACAAACAAGUCAGACAGCUCUAUGAAAUUAAUGACGAUCCCAAGCGCAAAGAGUUUCUCGAUGAUUUGUUCUCGUUUAUGCAAAAGCGCGGCACACCCAUUAACCGAUUGCCGAUAAUGGCCAAAUCGGUAUUGGAUCUAUAUGAGCUAUACAAUCUGGUGAUAGCUCGCGGCGGCUUGGUCGAUGUUAUCAACAAGAAGUUAUGGCAGGAGAUCAUAAAGGGACUGCAUCUUCCGUCGAGCAUCACCAGUGCGGCAUUCACCCUGCGAACCCAAUACAUGAAAUAUCUGUACCCAUACGAGUGCGAGAAAAAGAAUCUGAGCACUCCAGCUGAACUCCAAGCGGCCAUCGAUGGGAAUCGUCGAGAAGGACGUCGCUCCAGCUACGGUCAAUACGAGGCCAUGCACAGUCAGAUGCCAUUGACGCCCAUUUCACGCCCACCCGGGAUGCCCGGAGGCAUGCAACAAAUGUCGCCACUGGCCCUGGUCACACAUGCAGCGGCCGCCAACAAUCAACAGGCUCAGGCUGCAGCCGCUGCGGCUGUGGCCCAUCGCAGGCUGCUGAGCGCUCCUGGAUUUGGUCAAAUGCCCAAUCUGGUUACCCAAGAGAUAGAGAAUCGUAUGAUGGAGUACCUACAGCUGAUCCAGGCCAAAAAGGAGCAGAGUCUCACACCCAUUCAUCCGCAGCAACCGCAGCAGCAGCAGCCGCAGCAAUCACAUCAGCAGCAACAGUCGCAGCCAAGCCAGCAGCAACAUCUCCACCAGCAACAGCAGCAGCAACGGCAGCGUUCCCAAAGCCCGGAGAUGAGUACCCGCGAGGCACUUAGUGCUCAGGUCGCCCUGUGGCACAUGUACCACAACAACAGCAGCUCGCCGGGUUCCGCCCACAAUUCCCCCCAGCAAGGCGAGGCCCUCAACCUUUCAGACUCCCCCCCCAAUCUCACAAACAUAAAGCGGGAACGCGAACGCGAACCCACGCCUGAACACGUCGACCAAGAUGAGACGCCGCAUCAGCCGCCCCCCGCCAAGCGUGUGGGCAGUGGUCUCAUGCCCCCCGGAUUUCCGGCCAACUUCUACUUGAAUCCCCACAACAUGGCCGCUGUGGCCGCUGCAGCGGGUUUCCACCACCAGGCCAACAGUGGGGCCCACCAUCAUCAUCAGCAUCCAGAUGCAGUGUCCGAGGGGGAGCCGGAGGACGAUUUCGGCCAAGCCGAGCAUAAUACGACGGGCAAUUCUUCCACCAUGCACGAUGACAGUGAGCCGCAGCAGCUAAAUGGCCAUCACCAUCAUCAAAAUCAUUUGGACAAGUCAGAUGACUCGGCCAUUGAGAAUUCGCCAAGCACAUCAACCACCACAGCAUCGGGGGGCCACCGCCACAGUUCGCCUGUGUCCACCAAGAAGAAGUGUUCCACCAAAAGUCAGUCGGGAGUCAAGGAAUCGUCAGCCAGCGGGAAAAGCUCAGUAGCAAGCAAUGGCAAGCUGAAUGCCCUAGAGACACUGAGUCUGCUAUCCAGCAUGCAGUUCCAAGUGGCGCGCAAUGGUGCAGGCGAGAAUGGCGAAUCACAGCUAACUGUUAACUUGGAGCUGAAUGGCAUCAAGUAUUCGGGUGUUCUUGUGGCCAAUGUUAAUCCCUCGGACGAAAGAACAGAUGCUAGUAGAGGUUCGGAGACAUGCCAAGAUAAGGACGAUGAGCAACCGCAUGCUGACUCUCAAAACGAGGACGGCGCAGACGACGACGACGAGGCUAGGGAGGAGGACGACGACGAUGAGCCGGCUGCGGUUGAAUGUUCUCCUGCCAAGGAAAUUGCCCUAAACGAGGCGUCUCAUGAUCAGGAUAUAGAUGCCACUGCCAUUGUGAAUGGAGGCAGCAAUAGUGUGGGUGUAGGUGUGGGUGUGGGAGUAUCCUUGCUAAAGGAUGCGGUGGUCAGUACAUAGAGUAGCCUUAACAAAAAGGUUGUAGUGAGCAUCUAGGAAAGGAAUACCAAAGUCAUAUUUUUCAGAAAAAUAAAAAAGAAAAAGUAAAACGAAAACAAAGCAAAGCAAAUGAAAAGAAAUCACACUCAGCCGCACAGAAAUGCCAGCAUAUGUAAAUAUACAAGACAAGAUGGAGACACGGACGGGACAGGACAGGAAAUAAGACGAGGGGACACAAUUUUAGGUGACAUCCAGGCUAUUGUUAGUAGUGGUCCACUCAACACAGAAACUGCAUUAGAAUGAGGCGGAUUUAGUUGUCUGAUUGAAUAGAAUCCCGACCCCUCGCCCCAAGAGUAAGACUAAAGUGUUAACCCACAGCAUGUAGAACCGUACACAAUAUAAUAUGUAUGAAUGUGCAUGAUAUAUCCAUAUAGUGACUCCCCAAUAUAGCUUAGAGGACUGUUAAUUUCCAUAUUUGCAUAAAAGACAAGCCCGCGGGCAUGUAUUUAUUAAUACAAUCUAAGCUUAAGCCAAUCAUCACCUUGCGACAUCAAGAAAAUAAAACUAACAUAUAGGUAUAUAGUAGGUACAUAGCUCCACUCUCUAUACACGAUAUAUAUACAUAUAUAUACAUACAUGUAUGUAGGUUAGCAAUUAGGCUUCAUUCGAGAAUAUCUUUGUGUGUUAAAUGGGUAUAUCACAUAUUGUUUUUAGACCGAAAAUUUGUUUUUAUUUUAGUUCAUUUUUAGGCUUUCCGUGUACAUAUCAAUUAAUAAUAUAAUAUUACCUUUAUACAAAUAUAUGUACGUUUGCGCUAUUUAGUAGUAUAUUCUUACACUGUUGUUAUAAGUUCACACACACACACACACACACACACAUACACAAACACACACAUAUACAUAUAUACCUAAGUAUAUAGAAAUAUGUAUCUUAUUAUGACCAUAUUAUGAAUACCCCAUAGAGAUAUAAUUUAGACAUAAAGCAUAAGCAAGUAAUACAAUAAUUAUAUGUAUUGUCAUAAAAUUCAAUUGCGCAAUUGGCAAAAUCACCUCCUCCUCCUCCCUUGUAAUCCAAUUCCGUCUCCCAUGCUUAUAUCCCAAUUCCCACAUACAUGUAUGCCUCUCCCCCUCCUUUUAAGUAGGUACUAUAAAGACAAGCAGAAAAUAGCCGCAGAAUAUAAGAAAAUAUACAAACAUGCAAACCAAUAUAUAUGUAUAUGGAGAAUAUAUGUAUAUGUAGUCUAAACAUAAGCGUUUAUUGAUUAAUAAAUCUAUUUAAUUUUAGUUCAAAUUCAA